AGCACACCCUUUCCAAUGGUUUUUGCAAGAGAGUUAAGUGAGGACAUAUCAAAGGAAGAUCGGGUUGAGUUCUUGGAUUUAGUAAUGGCUCCUCAUCUUAAGGUGACCGGUUUACAGGUUAUGGUAAUGGCUGUCGCCAUCAUCACAGCUUCUGUCGGAGCAGCUGAAGUCUCCAAUGUCCAGAAGGCUGAAGUAAGUGGACGGUUGGAGCAACUUAACAAGCCCGCCGUUAAAUCUAUCCAGAGUCCUGAUGGAGAUAUAAUAGAUUGCGUUCCUAUCGCCAACCAACCAGCUUUUGAUCAUCCUUUGCUGAGAAACCACGUCAUCCAGAUGAGGCCAAGCUCGGAACCAGAAGGCGAUCUUACGUUAAACACCGGGAAAAAACCAAAGGCUAUGCGUCAGCUCUGGCGGAGGAAUGGAGAGUGCCCAAAAAACACUGUUCCGAUCAGAAGAACGAAAGAAGAAGAUCUCUUAAGAUCAACUUCCCUGGAAAGUUUCGGAAAAAAGAAUAGCAAAAUCAUCCAGCAAGUGGUAUCAAGUGAUCUAGGUGCUGCCCUCAGUGAGCUCGCCAUUAUCAAGACGGAGGAGGCUGGCGAUUUUUACGGUUCGAGAUCCGUUAUCAAUGUCUGGAAUCCCUUUGUCCAACAACCUGAUGAGUUUAGUUCGGCCCAGACUUGGGUUAUCGCCCGAAGUGGUUCUAAUAUCAACAUCAUCGAAGCUGGAUGGCAGGUCCAUCCAAACUUGUAUGGUGACUAUAACACGAGAUUUUUUAUUUCAUGGACACGUGACAAUUACCAAACCACAGGCUGUUUCGAUCUUCGGUGCUCAGGCUUUAUUCAGACGAGCGAUGAUAUCGCUCUUGGUGGAACCAUCGAUCGGAUAUCCGAGCACGGAAGUACCCAAUACAGUUUCAAUCUGCUAGUAUGGAAGGACGUACCAACAGGAAAUUGGUGGCUCCAAUUCGACGGAAUAAUCGUCGGCUACUGGCCGUCGUCAUUGUUCAGCACUCUAGCAGGUAGAGCGACGCAAGUACAAUGGGGAGGCGAAGUUCUGAACCAAAGAAGGUAUGGGCAAAGCACAGCUACGAAUAUGGGAAGCGGGCGAUUUCCAGAAGAAGGGUUCCAAAGGGCAGCCUUAUUCAGGAACGUUCAGAUAGUCGAUGCUUCUCGCGCUCUCGUAAAUCCGCCAACGAUUCUGACCUUCGCCCCGAGGCCGAAUUGCUACGAUAUCCGCGUCGGCACCACAAACGCAACGUGGGGGACUUAUUUCUACUUCGGUGGUCCUGGUAGAAACCCUAGCUGCCCAUGAGAAAGAAAUGUAUGCAUCUAUAUGGUCGCACAUGUAAAACGUGCAUGUACUCUUUGAAUUAUAUCCAGAGAGCGGAAUAUUUGUAUGGUGUGAUGUCUUGUAAUAACCAAACCACGUUUGGACUUGUCGUCGAAUAAAUGCUGAACUUUGCAUGCCAUACGGGCGUUUUAUGUGUGA